AUGUUUUGUGUCAUACGUCAUUUUCAGGUUUGCCGCGUUAUUCGGUUGCUAACCUUUCACUCACCGGUUAAUGCUGUCGAUCGAAAUGGUAACACACCGUUGUCACUGGCGUACUUGAAAAAUCAUGCGAAGAUGGUAAAGAUCCUGCUGCAAGCUGGUGCCGCUUUUCACUCUUUGGAAAGCGCUGAACGACGAAAACCGGAAAACCUACGAAGGCGUCGUGCAUAUGAUGUACUCUCUAGGCAUUCCCGAAUAAUUUCGAGUCAGCUGCAAAGAGCGCGCAGGAAAGUGUACAGAUUAUUAACGGAAGUGCGAACGGCAUCACCUUGUUUUAUGGCUCCUUUUGCAGAUGGGCCAGCAUUCACGUUCAACUGGCAGACACGAUGCUGGGGUGGAUUGCGACUUGCCCAAGCGCCAAUGCACAAUGGACGACCGUUAGAGCCAACGAGUAUUGUUGAACGAGGCGAUCAUAUGAUAUUCUACAUCAGUCCUGUGAACGGCGUGAAUACACUCCAAAUCAGGAUAACUGAGGCGGAAAUGUGA